AUGAUUCAAUCAAGCUGCCCAAGAAUAAAAAGACACAAUUCUUCAAGAAAUUCAUCUAUAUCAAAAUCUAUAACUCCACGAAAACCUAAGCCCCAAAGAAGCAGUGACUCCCACAAUUCUUCGCAUCUAGUUGUAUAUUUUAAUUAGAAACUAUCACAAAAAAGCCAUUCAAUAUAUUCUGAGUCCUUUUUUCCUUCUCUAGAAAAUAUUUCUCCCUACGCACCUUCAAGCAGCAAAUCGACCAAAUUUGAAAAGAAUAGAAUUAUCAAAGACGGGUCAAUUUCUCCUUUCCCAACAUCCCGACGUUACUCUUUGAAACCAAAAGAAAGUGGAAAUCUUGACUACAUUUUUUUUUGGUCAACAUUUAUGCUUAUAAUUAUAAGCAAUUUAUCUAAAAUCUUGAUUGGAAAAGCCGUUGACUCAAGAAAAAAAUAUACGGCAAAUAGUGCCAAGAAAAUGUCUUCUAGGAAAUAAUCUUUAGCAAAAAUUAUGCAUCCUUAAAUCUUUCAUUUAUUAAUUUCUCAUCAAUCUCAUCUCCAGCACGAGUCAGGAAGCCUACACAUCUCAAAGGCGCUCACAAAAGUAUUUAUUCAAAUUUGCAUAUAGAUGCAAUUGAUCAGAUAAAUGUUAUGGAAACUCCUCCAAAUGAGGAUGUCCAGCCUGCUAGGAAGUCAAGCCCCUUCAGUGAAUAUGUAGAUGUAGAAAUUGAACGAUAUUUAAAUAAUUGCCAAGGAAAUAAUUUUAUACUUGAAAAAUCAAGGAAAAGUUUAAUGAAAGAUUCGGUGGCUUCAACGUCUGCGUCUGGAAUUUUAAAAAGCAAUCUGCCUUCUGUGUCUAUAGAAUUGUUCAGGCCUGAGCCACCAAAAACACCGCCACCGUGCUCCAUUCAUGCAAAACUUCAAAAGAAUAGGGCUGCUAGAAUUAAGCGAAUCACAAAAGAUCUAAAGCAAAAUAUUAUUGAGUGUAACGAGUAA